GGCGAGGCGAGGCGAGAGGCAGGCGGCAUCCAGGAGCAGCAGCAGCGGCAGCAGGCGCAGGCGGCCAAGAGCAGCGCGCUCGCUCCGGCAUCUCCCGCAGCACUCCUCCGGUGCGGACGCACGUCCUUGCCCGCCAGCUGCAGGCUGCGCCCCGCUCUGGCGGCUCCCCUGUAGAACGCCGAGGUCGGAGCCUCCUUCCGCGGGUGGCGAGGGCAGGGGAGCGCUAGGGUCGCCCUGAGCGAAGAAGCCAGUCCGCAGACGCUGCUUCUCCCCGCCCUGCCCUCGCUUUCCUCCCGGCGCAGCCCUCUGCCGAGCCAGGCGCAUCAUGUCGACGGGAGGCGAUUUCGGGAACCCACUUAGGAAAUUCAAAUUGGUGUUCCUGGGGGAGCAAAGCGUUGGGAAGACAUCCCUGAUCACAAGAUUCAUGUAUGACAGUUUUGACAACACAUACCAGGCUACAAUUGGAAUUGACUUCCUAUCUAAAACCAUGUAUUUGGAAGAUCGGACAGUGCGGUUGCAGCUCUGGGACACAGCUGGCCAAGAGAGAUUCCGAAGUUUGAUUCCCAGUUACAUUCGUGACUCUACAGUAGCCGUGGUGGUUUAUGACAUCACAAAUCUCAAUUCAUUCCAACAAACUUCCAAAUGGAUUGAUGAUGUCAGAACAGAAAGAGGAAGUGAUGUCAUCAUUAUGUUAGUGGGAAAUAAAACAGACCUUGCAGAUAAAAGGCAGAUUACCAUUGAAGAAGGGGAACAGAGAGCUAAAGAACUGAAUGUCAUGUUUAUUGAGACAAGCGCGAAAACAGGAUACAAUGUAAAACAGCUCUUCCGACGUGUUGCCUCAGCCCUACCAGGGAUGGAGAGUGUUCAAGAGAAGAGUAAAGAAGGGAUGAUUGACAUUAAAUUGGACAAACCACAGGAACCACCGGCUAGUGAAGGAGGGUGUUCUUGUUAAUGCAACGUGCAGGAUUUGUCAGCUUCAUUUGACACCACGCUUGUUGUGUUGCUUCCUAUUGGUUAGCUUCCUAAAAAUACAAAUUGAGUUAUUGGAUGGGGAGGAUUUCUUUUCUCUCGGUGCCUCUCUAGGGUGGGGAGGGAGAGGGUGGGUGGGGAGGCUCAGACUACACAAAUCAACAGCUGGCUCUAGCCUUUUUUUUCUUUUUUUGUUUUAUUUAGUUGUAAUAUAAUGUACUUUAUUAAAAAUGCCAAAACAAUUCAGAAUUUUCCACAAGACACUUUAAUCAUGUGUGUAUACAACUUUCAGCCAUGGGGACUUUUAUCCUUUUUGGGGUACUUUUCUUUUUAAUUGUAUAUUUGUAAAAAAUAAAAGUCAAGUCUCCAUCAAGUUGAGCUAAAAUUUACAAAGAACCCCCCAAUAUUAUACAGGCUGCCUAACUUAACAUAUUAGCUGUAGAUGCAUCUUGUAGUAACCUAAUUCCUGCUUAGUUCACUGAACAUUCCCAUUUAUGCACCAGUGACAGCAUAGUCAAUCCCGUUGCAACUAUUAUGACAUAAUACAAGGUCUCUGAUUCGGUAGCCAUAGAGAAGUGGAAGAGCAAGCUACAAGUGAAUUCUAAUUCACGACAGUGGCAGUCUUUCUCCAUAGUAUACCCCAUCCUCAAAGAAAAAAACUUGGCACACUCUGUGGUGCAUGUACAGCUUCCCAUUCUGCAUCAUAUUUUAAUAAUAUCAGAAAUGUUUUAAGGUCUUCACUUAUGUCACGUCCAGGUGUGUGACUUUUAAAAACUUUAAUGGAAGCCCUAGAACAUACAUAUAACAGAGUGUACAUGGGAAAUCAGGGUUGCUGCUGUUUAUUUACAAGCAUGGUUUGUAUCAGGGGACUCUGGGUUAGCCUUUUUCCCUGCAUAAAUCACUAUAAUCAGUAAUGGCGCCAUAAAAUUUAGGUUGAAAAAUAUAUAUUUCUCCUUCCCAUUCCCCAGUAUCCUUAUGCAAUGCUUUCAGUUGUUAAAAGUAGAUUCCUCUAAUGAAACAAUUCAAAACAGUUGCCAAAUUUCAGACAGGAUUGUUAACUACUAUAACUUCAAAAAAAUUACCCCAUAAGAUCACCUGAUUUUAACCAACAGGACUAUUCAAGGUGGUUUAUUAUUAUUAUGAGUGAUAGUAAUUUCUGCAUGAACGAACAAAGAUUGAGAGAGAAUAAAGGGUCUGUCUCCAUAGAUUACCUUGGCAAUGAUGAAGCGAUAAUGUAUUUAAUUUUUGUAUACAUGUGUAUGCAUGUCUUAUAGUGACAUAAAACAUACAUUAACACACAGAGCUGUGUAGAGGUGUAUGUAUACACACCCAUGCACAAUAUAGAUGCUUGGUUUCACCCACUAUUACAGUUGAGAGUGCAGCCAACAAUCAUUGUAAAAAAUUAUAGUUGCUGCAGUGUGUGGGUCUAGAAAGUCUUUGUUAAUUGUUGGGGAAACGUGUGAUUUGUCAUGUCUUCAAUAAACGAAACUCAGAUACAUGUGAAACUAGAAAAGUACACAAAGACAUAUCUCCAGAUUUUGUCAAUCAAUGUGUGAUAGUCCAUGUAGUCACAUUCUGAAUGCACUACAGAGAAAGUGGCUUUCUGAGAUCCCAUCUUGGCUGUCUCUUCAGCCAAAACUACAGAAAGUGUCACAGUGAUUAACUACAAUGUGAUCAUUAAUGUGUUUGCCCUUUUUCAAUUAUGGAAUAGUACUUUUCUAUCCCAGUUCUGUACAGCCAAAACAUUUCACUUAUAUAUCAGCAUAUACUUUGGAAAUUACUUUUGCUUACUUGUAGUCCUACAGAAACAUUUAUUCCAGGCACAGUUUAGUUUGUCUAAUUGUAGCCAAAGCUAUUGAUCAGCUGUCUGGAAUUUUCCUUCCUUCUCAAAUCCAUUGACCUAUUAAUUUCCUUGCUGAUUUCUCCUGGAUGCUAUCAUCUUUGCAAGCACCUCUGUGACCUCCCUGCCUCACUUCUUGCUUCGUUCAUUCACCACUGACAGAGGCAGCUUAUUUACCUCCACUGCUAUCUUCACUUCAUGGUUGUCACACUUGUUUUCCACUUUGUCUUCAGAACUGUGUCAUAAAAAUAACAUUCAGGUUUUUAACCACGAGAACCUUGAGCAUUUCCAUAUGACCAGCCAUUCCCGGCUCUGAUUUCAGAGAUGAAAUGAAGCAAGGUUUGAGUGGUCUCUUGCCAUUUUAGUUAGCAGGGUGUUGCAGUGACGUCUGCACUACAAAUCUGCAAUGUACGCUGAAAACAGGCUGCCAAUCAGAUCAUGCCCUUACAGGCCAAAAAGCAACCAAGUACAAGCAAGCCACUGGCUGUCACUGAGUAUCACCUCACUCCAUUUGGGGUGAAAGUUCCAGUAAAAGAAACUUCGUUUCCUCCACCUGGCAUAAUCAUCCUGUUUUGCCCAGCUGCCUUUUGAUUAUUCUGGGUGACUGGAUGCUGAGAGGCAAAAUCAGUCAGUCUUCUCAUCCAAUAACCAUGUAAGCAUCCUCAUGCAAAGUGCCAGAAUGAAACAGCUGUUUCUGCAGUGCCAUUCACCAUUGCAAGAAAAAAAAAAAAAGUGACCACAGUAAUGGGAAGACAGGAUUAAGUGGUAUUGCCUGAUUGUUUUGAGACUCAUUCUUGCUGCAGAUGUACUGGGGCCCGUGUUUGGUAAUGCUCUUUCUGCAUUUCACCAUUGAAAACGCAAAUCUUUUAAAGUGACUAGACUAUUUGAAGUGGUCCUAGUAACACACAUGUAUCCCCAGGAGCAGAUUAUCCCGUCCCAUUUUCUUUCUACAGGGGAUUUCAUGAAAAGAGAACACUUUUAAAGGAUAAAACCAAACUUGUUGAAAAUGUGUCAGCCUUGUGAGGUAGUCCAGACAAGAAGCACA